AUGCGGCCCGUCUUCAAAAAUCUCGAGUACUGCUCCUCUCAGCCCGACAUGUCCAUGCUCCACCGUCUCCCCCUACUCGUCCGCCGCCUGCCACCCACUAUGCCGUCCUCACCGCGCACGGUCUGCACGUCGUCCCUGCAGCUAACGCACGGGGUCGCAUCCACGGGCCUGCUCGUCCCGGACUCGUCUCUGCUGCACCCAGUGCUAGAGCAAUGGGUGCCGCCCAACAUCUCGACUCGCACGCUGCUUCUAAACCGCCCGCGCGCGCUGCACGCGCUGUCCGAACCGAUGUGCUCCGCGCUUCACGCCCGUCUGCACACUCUCGCAAACCUGGGCACGCGCUGCGUCGUCCUCGCCGCGCACGGCACCCCCGCACGCGCCUUCUGCGCGGGCGGCGACGUCAGGGCCGUGUAUGACCAUGGAGCUGCCGGCCGCUUCGAGGACGGCGAUGACCUGUUUCGCAUAGAGUUUCGCAUGAACUCCCUCCUAGCACGCAUGCGCCCGGCCGCCGUCGCCAUACUGGAUGGAAUCGUCAUGGGCGGCGGUGCGGGCCUCUCGGUCCACGGCAAGUAUCGCGUGGCCACAAGCAAUACAGUCUUUGCUAUGCCCGAAUGCGCAAUUGCCCUAUCCCCGGACGUUGGCGCGAGUUACUUUCUGAGCAGACUCGAACAACCGGGGCUCGGCAUGUAUCUCGCGCUCACGGGCGCUCGCUUGAAGGGGGGCCAGGUGAAGGAAGCGGGCCUUGCCACGCAUUUUGUGUCGCCGGAGGGUGUUCACGAACUCAUCUCCAGGCUACAGGCUUCGGAGCUGCCGGACGAAGCCGCUAUUGGCGCUGUGCUGAAGGAAUUUGAGGUGGACACCGGCCCCGACGGUCAGCUUGACGGGUUGGACGUGAUUCGCCGGAGCUUUACGAGAGAUUCUGUGGCAUCCAUUUUGGGUGCACUAAAUGACAUUGUAAAGGAUGGAACAGAGCAAGAAUCUACGUUUGCGAGUUCGACUGUGGCCCUCAUUCGCAAGCAAUGUCCGACAUCACUCAAGAUCGCGUUCCAGGCGCAGACGCGAGGGGCGAGCCUGAGCGUUGACGAUUGCCUCAGGAUGGAGUUUCGGAUAGUCACGAGAUGUCUGCGGCGAGAUGAUUUCUAUACGGGUGUCAAGUCCGCGCUUGUCACCAAGGACCGCAAUCCAAUAUGGAACCCUGCCAACAUUGACGAUGUGUCCGACGAGGCCGUGGAGAAAUUCUUCGACCCACUUGAAAACGAUUUGCGGAUACUUGAGCUUGAGCUGGGCGAAGCUCAGAGCGAAGAGGUAGCAAAACCUUUCAGACCGCGGUUAAAUUCGCGCUUGUAAGGUUACGAGAGUCGCAUGUUCAUUAUUAUAUAAAGGCCGAACUACCGACCGCAGGAGUUGCCAAAAA